AUGAACGUGGAUAUAUUGUCGAUGACUGUCUAUGUCAUCUUUGCAGGAACAGCAAACAUCGUAGCGACAACAUCUACGGACUUGACCAUGGAUAUGAGUGGCGCUUCGGCGGCAGAAGGCAAUGCCUGCAAGAUAUCAAUGCUUUGGAAUUGGUACACUAUCGAUUCCUGUUUCCUCGCUCGCUCAUGGCACAACACCACUCCCGGCAUGUUCGCCGGGUCUUGCAUCGGCGUUGUUCUAUUUACCAUGACCUUGGAGCUCCUGCGCCGCACUGCGAAGGAGUACGAUAGAUAUCUCGUUCGAAAGCACGCUUCGGCCGCUACGGCUGCGUCUAUGGUCCCUCCUAAAGAUAGUAACAAUGAGACUACGAUGGCAAGCCCGACAUCUACUCGCCAAGGCGCAUUACAAGCAAGCGGAUUCAGGCCAACGGCUUGGGAGCAGGCGAUUAGAGCGUUGUUGCACAUGGUCCAGUUCGCGGUGGCGUAUUUCGUUAUGUUACUCGCAAUGUACUUUAACGGCUACAUCAUCAUAUCCAUCUUCGUCGGCGCUUACAUUGGCGCAUUUAUCUUCCACUGGGAACCUCUGGGCGAAGGAUAUGUUGUAACGAGUGCGAGUAAGGAGCCGACCGUGUGUUGUGCGUAG